AUGAGUAAAAAACGAACCCAAAGAUGUGAAGAUAUUGGUUGGAACAAUAAAGAAGAGGUGCGAAAGAGAAUGGAAAAGUUUUCAAUAGAACCCUAUGAUGAAAUAUUGAACUGGGAGGAUUAUGAAGCUCACUUCCAAUUGAUGUGCAAGGUAAAGGGAUUGGGUGAUGACAGUGAUGAAACUGAGGAGGCCAGAAGGGAUCUUCUUCUAGCAUAUGUUGGACCUGUACCCCUCAAAAAGGUAUCUAACUUCGUUUUACCUAGGCAAAUUUAUGACAUACCAAUGACUGAACUGCUUGAUACAUUUCGGUGUGUUUAUAAACCUAGUAAAACAAUCUUUGCAGCGAGACUAGACUUUGAAAAAUGUGUGAGAGGAAAUGAUGAGAGUUUUUCAAAUUUCGUCUUACGUUUAAAAGAGUUAGCCUCCUACUGUAAAUACGACAGGUAUUUUGAGGAAAGAGUAAGGGAUAGAUUUGCUGGUGGCGUUAACUUUCCACAGUUUGAAGUUGAAAUCAGGCAAAGGUGGCCAGAAGGCAUAAAUAAAGAUGGUUCACGUUUAACUUUAAAUGAGUUGGUAGAUUUAGCUGAAGCGAUGGAUAGAGCUAAGCGGGAAAUGAAUAUUUUAGAUGAAGCUAUGCCUGUAAUUAACAAGGUACAUAGCUAUGAUAAGAAAAAUAGAUAUUCCGCAAAAGAAACAUACAGCCAUUCUACAGAAGAUUGUAAUCAGUGUGGACUAGUACACAGUGGAGAAUUUUGUCCAGCUCAAAAGUCUAAGUGUUUUUCAUGUGGAAGGCAAGGUCAUUUCUCACGACAAUGUGGAAUCAAAAAGACAAAACAAUGUCACUUCUGUGGAAAAAUGGGUCAUUUUCCGGGACAUUGUCGUUCAAAAAAGGCCUAUUUGAACCAAAUCAACGACACAGACAUAAAAUUUGAGGAAGAAGAGGUACAGUUAGGAAUUUCUGAACUUAAACCUAAUAGGAAGAUCCCAAGAGCACAAAUUAAUGUUACCCUAAAUGAAGUACCAACAACCAUGGAGUUUGAUUCAGGAGCUAGAGCAUCGAUGAUUGAUGCACCCCUGUGGAAACAAAUAGGAUCACCAAAUUUGAGGGCAUGUAAAACAAAAUUUGUCGCUUAUGGAAACAAUACCCUGGAUGUUUUAGGAGAGUGUGAAGUUAAUGUUAAAGUUGAUGGACAGAUUAGGAAACUUAAGGCUGCUGUGGUAAAUGGAAACGAAUCUCCUUUGUUUGGAUUAGUAACCGAAGAGGAAAUUAACCAAGUUAUUUCUGAGUUUAGUGAUGUAUUUAAGAAAGAAUUGGGAACCAUUAAAGGCUAUCAGGCGAAGAUACAUGUUAAGAGUGACUCAGAGCCUAGGUGUUUUCCUGCUCGCAGAGUGCCUUUUCCACUAAGAAGUAGAGUUGAGCAAGAACUAAACAGACUGGUAAGUGACGGUGUUAUAGAAAAGGUAGACCCUUCCAAAACUCCUAUCGAAUGGGCAACACCAACAGUAAAUGUUGAGAAGGAAAAUGGCACAAUUAGAAUAUGUGGAGAUUUUCGGGUAACCUUAAACCCAAACAUUGUUACCCAUACAACACUUUUGCCAACUUUUGAGGAACUGACGAAUAAAGUAUCUCGAGGGAAGCAGUAUUCAGUUGUCGACUUGAGAGAUGCAUAUCUCCAAAUGGAAGUAUCGGAGGAAGACAGAAAAUAUCUGGUAAUAUCCACGCACGUUGGAUACUAUAGAUACAAGAGACUACCAUUUGGUAUAACCUCCAGCCCAGGUAUCUUUCAGGAAUACAUGGAGAAGCUCCUUGAAGGCAUACCACAAGUGGGGGUACUUCUAGAUGAUGUAAUCAUUACGGGCCGAAACAAAGAAGAACACCUCAUGAACUUAAAGGAAGUAUUAAAACGAAUGAGUAACGCAGGGCUAAAAGCGAAGAAAGAAAAAUGUAGAUUCAUGCAGAAUUCAGUCACCUAUCUUGGACACAUUAUCGAUGAACAGGGUAUCCAUCCAACAAAAGAGAAGAUCGAAGCAAUACAAAAGGCACCUAAACCUACAAAUGUCAAACAGCUUAGGUCUUUUUUAGGAUCCAUAAACUAUUAUGAAAGGUUUAUCCCUAGGUUGCAUGCGCUGUGCUCAAGGUUACAUCGACUUACUAGCAACAGAUCAAAAUGGAUCUGGACAGAGAAAGAAGAUGAAGUAUUUACAAAGGUCAAAAUGAUUCUUUCGGAAGAAGACACAGUUGUUCCAUAUGAUGAAUCCAAACCUCUAGUGUUGGUGUGUGAUGCGUCCGAAGACGGUCUUGGGAGUGUCUUAAUGCACAAGUGUGAAGAUGGUCUGGAAAAACCAAUCGCGUAUGCUAGCAGAACUCUUUCAGAUGCUGAGAAAAGAUACUCGAAUAUUGAUCGAGAAGCACUUGCAAUUUUAUUUGCUGUAAGAAAGUUUCACCAAUAUGUAUAUGGACGAAGCUUCACACUUGUCACCGAUCAUAAACCCCUUCAAAGAAUAUUUGGAGAAACCCGGAAUCUUCCAAAGGUAAUGAACAAUAGGUUAGUGAGAUGGGCCCUAGAACUGAAUCAGUACAAUUUUCAAAUCAAGUACAGGAAAGGAGAUGAAAACGUUUGUGCUGAUGCACUGUCCCGUCUUCCCAUGAGAAUCAGAGAAGAAUCUACCGAUGUAAGAGACAUAAAGUUUUUAAACAUGGAUAAAGUUGAGACAUUGGUGUCCUAUAAGGAACUCAAACAUAACAGCAGUUUGGACAAGGAGAUAAAAUUAGUACAAAGUUAUGUGCUAAAUUCAUGGCCAGAGAAGGUACCAGAUAACAUUAAAACAUUUAAACAGAGGAAAGAAGAAUUAUCAGUUGAAGAUGGUGUUUUGAUGUGGUUUGGUAGAGUUGUUGUGCCAACAAAUAUGAGAAAAAAAAUCUUGAGAAUUUUGCACUGUGGCCAUCCUGGAAUUUCAGCUAUGAGAUCAAUUACCAGAUACUAUGUAUGGUGGCCUAACAUUGACAAAGACGUUGAAAUGCAUGUUAAGACUUGUGAAGCAUGUCAAGAAAACAGAGGAAACAUUGAAGAAGUCCCGGUCUAUCCAUGGAACAUUCCUGAAAAAGUGUGGGAAAGAGUUCAUUUGGAUUUAGCUGGACCAGUUGAUGGAGUAAUGUGGUUAGUAGGGAUUGACGCGCUAUCUAAGUGGGCAGAAGUUGAAUGUUUAAAAACAACGACUUCAACUGCCAUAAUUCAAAGAUUAAGAUCGUGGAUGAGCAGGUAUGGGAUACCAUCACAAGUAGUAACUGACAACGGGCCACAGUUUGUCUCUACUGAAAUGGAAGCAUUUUUCAAGAGACAUUCAAUUCGACAUAUAAGAACUACUCCUUAUCAUCCUAGAAGUAAUGGCUUAGUCGAACGUCUAAUAGGGACUUUGAAAAGGCGUUACAGAACAACAAAACAAGAAAUUAAUGAUUCUUCAUUGGCAUUGCAAAAUGUGUUGUUCAGUUACAGAAAUGCCCCACAAAAAACAACAGGACGAGCCCCUGCAGAGUUGUUUCUAGGUCGAAGAAUGCCAACUAUGUUGGACAACAUGAAACCAAACCUUAGACAACAAUUAGAUCUGAAAAUUUGGAAGGAACAACAAAACCCAACUCAAAAGAAAACCUUAAGAGCAUUCAGUGAAGGGGAAGAAGUAUGGAUGAAAAAAGAGAAUAACCCUGGUUGGAUAGCAGGAACAAUAGUCAAACGCAAUGGCUUAUACUCUUAUGAAGUCAUGUGUGGUGGAGUCAUAAAAAGAAAACAUUCGGAUCAACUGCGAAGAAGAGAAGGUGCGGUGGACGAUGAGGAGGGAAAAGUGUAA